GCGAGUGAGCUUGUGAGAGAGAGAGAGAGAGGGAAGAGAGAGUGUGUGCGGUUGCGUGCGCGCGCAUCCUCUGCCUGCCUUGCUUUGCUUGCCUUUGCCUUUGCCUGUGUCCGCGGAUCGCCCGCCUCGCUUGGCUUUGGAAGAAGCAGGAGAAGGAGACCCACUCGCGGUAGAGAACUAAAAAUGGCUAAAGGUGACCCGAAGAAGCCGAAGGGGAAGAUGUCUGCCUAUGCCUUCUUUGUGCAGACCUGCCGCGAGGAGCACAAGAAGAAGAACCCAGAAGUUCCCGUCAACUUCGCAGAGUUUUCCAAGAAGUGCUCAGAGCGAUGGAAGACCAUGUCCACCAAGGAGAAGGGCAAAUUUGAUGAGAUGGCCAAAGCCGACAAAGUCAGAUAUGAUAGAGAAAUGAAGGAUUACGGGCCAGCGAAGGGUGGCAAGAAGAAGAAGGACCCCAACGCUCCAAAGCGCCCGCCAUCGGGCUUCUUCCUCUUCUGCUCAGAGUUCCGCCCCAAGAUCAAGUCCACCAACCCCGGGAUCUCCAUUGGUGACGUGGCCAAGAAGCUGGGAGAGAUGUGGAACAACCUCAGCGACGGGGAGAAGCAGCCCUACAACAACAAGGCCGGGAAGCUGAAGGAGAAGUACGAGAAGGAUGUUGCAGAUUACAAGUCUAAAGGCAAGUUUGAUGGCGCCAAGAGCGCGGCGGCCAAAGCGGCGGCCGCGACCCGGAAAAAGGUGGAGGAAGAGGAGGACGACGAGGAAGACGACGAGGAGGAGGACGAGGAGGAGGAGGACGAUGAAUGAGAAACUGUACCAUACUUGUCUCCAUGUGAAUACCAUAGAGUAGGGGGAAACACAUUCGGAAAAGUAACCUUGCGCCUCUCGUUUGAGACGGCGUCUUAUUUGCCCUUUUUAUUAGGUUUAAUGAUUUAAGGAUGAUAACAAUUCGGAUUCCGAUCACAACACUCGUCGCUGGUUUUGAAACACGAAACAAUAAAAUAUAAUAAUAGUAGUAAUCAUAAUAAUAAUAAUAAUAACAGAAAAGCGUGUACUGGAAACGGAUGGGAAAGAAAAAUAAAUAAAGUAAAAUGAGAAGAAACCAUUGGUAAACUGGUUUGACGUUAAGUGGCCACGGGCGGGUGUCUUUUGAGGCUCCUCGAAACUGUAACAAAGUUGUACAUAUUUCCAAACAUUUUUAAAACGAGAGAAAGAAAGAAAGAAAGAAAAAAAAAGCGAAAGAAGUGGAAACCAGACGCUCUAUCUAGUGUUCUCCUCGACUCUGUGCACUUUCCUGUUGGUGUAACAAAGCAUUUAAAAAUGUUUCAAGCAUCUUAUUUUUUAAUUUGUAAGGUGGUGUUUAACUAUAUGGUUAUUGGCUAGAAAAUCCUGGGUUAUAAACUGUACAUAUCUAUAGUUUGUAAAAACUAGACAGAUUCUCGCGGUGCGUGCCCCGAGCGGAGACCGACUCCUCGGCGGGAAGGCGCGCAGCCGGAGACGAGCGGGGGCACGGCCUUCUCGGGGACCGCACCGCGAAAGUAGAUCUAUUUACACUACAGUGGGCGUCCAUUUAGCUUAAAGUUGUCUUUCUGUAUAUAGUGAAAUUAGCAUUCUGCGGCCAUUCUUAGUUGUGGAAGGGGAGGGGGAAGUUCAGCUGGCAUGAGAAAAAUUGUAUGGAAUCUUCUUUUUUCCUUCUUUAUUUCCCUUUUAUUUUGAUUUAAUUUUUUUUGGUUAAGUGGGGGUAGUUUUUAAACGGAAAGCCGUAGGUCUCUUCAUGGUCAGCUCCGAGCGGCGCAGAGGAAAAAAAAAAUAAAACAAAAAAAAACAAAACCUGAAAGUUCAAAAACAACUCUGUACUUAAAAAAAAAAAGAGAGAAAACGAAAAUUUGCAAAAAAUGUUAUGUUGGUUUUUUGUAUGUUUAGAAUGCUGAAAUGUUUUUGAAGCAAAAAUAAACAGUAUUACAUUUUUAAAA